GCUAUUGAGCAUACCCAAGGGCGCAGGAGAUCUCGCAUGUCCUAAAGAGGAGCUCCCGAAAGGAUUGGAGCAGAAUAGGCCCGGCUCGGCUCUCUCGAAGGUUGCACUUGCAUCGUUUCCACUGCACUGGGGGGACUCCACCUUUCGAACCAAACCCAAUUCAUCUAUUGGUGGCCCACAGCCAUCCGAUCGACCAUAACGUCCUUAGGCCGCGAGGCAUCAAGGGUGCCAGAACAGGGAAUUUCAGCAAAGUCAGCAAACAGGCUCUCUCGCAAACUUACCGCAUGAGGAUUGGUCCCUCGUGUAAAAUUACCGUCACUCGUCGAACCGGGAGGUCCAUGCGGUACUCGGAAUGCACGCAACGGUACAUCCCAUCCAUGGCUUUCGGUAUCGUUCCAUACAGGCGGCUUGGAUGCCUCAAUUUCCACUUCAACUAAAACUCACGGCUUGGCCUCAUAUCGGAACGACCGGUCGUUACGAGAGUUUCAUAAUCAGUUCCAGUGACCCCUCCUGGACUCACCCUCACCCCGCCAACAGUUAUUAUGGCCGCCAACGUCCCUCCUCAGAGUCCUCGUGCCAAAUGGCACUGGGGUAUACGCUUCCAAGUUUGGUCCACAAAAUCUCUCACUUUCAGCCAGUGAUAUCACCCACCGGGGGAUGCAUUCGCGUGGGACGAUCGACUGUCUCCUCUUUCUGUCGCUGGUUGGCCUCAGGCGCCUUUCAAUUAGGUCCAAAUCAACUGAACUCUCUGGACGACGACCAACCCAAAAGACUCCCACGUCUCGCACUGACUGAGUUGAUUGGCAGAAGUCCCCUCAGUUCAACAUCAUCUCCCUGCCAUCUUCGUGUUUCGGAGAUUUGUUCUACUUCCGCCCAACAAAUAUACUCGUACUUUUGGUUCCCCGUCUACAGGAACGACUCUCUUUCCGUGUCGCCUAAAGUGGAGCUCUAGCGUCGCGGCGGUUAUCUCAGGAAUCACACCAGAGUGGUCCUCUAUAUCCAACCCUCCAAAGAAUUACGAGUCGCCCAUCCCAGCGUUGCGUG